UAUCGUGUGCUCCAUCACCACCCUUCCCAGACUGCUCUCAUCUCUAGCACAUCAGCCACCACCACCACCGCCACCACCACCAAUAAUAACAACAACACACGCACACAGCAUCACUUAUAUCAGCAAAAACAACAUCCUCCACCCCACAGACUUUAUUUCCCAAACCACAGUCACGUCUCUCCCUUCCCCACCCUAGCCGUCACCCCCCUCCCUUCCCCACCCCAGCCGUCACCCCCACCCACAUCCAUGAUAGUUUUCCUGUUCUUUACUCGUGUAUAAUCUGGCGUCACCUCAUUCGCCUCACCUUUACCUUUCGCUCGUUAUCUCGCCACGGUCACACAAGCGCCCUUUGGCUAAGUGGGUUCACCCGGAAGAACUUGCUGCAUCGCGCUGCAGCCGCGACACGCCGUCAGUUUGGCCAAGCUCCUCCAUCAGACAACAUGAUUUUCGCACUUCGCACCCGCUACGUGCUUUGCGUGAGGAUUGGCAGCAUCCUCUCGGAGGCAUCCCGCGUUGCCGCCGAGGCCGCCAAGAAGAACCUUCAGAUCCAGACUCGAGCUCUCUCCGUCACCUAUGGCAAGAUCACGGACCUCAAGCCCAAGGUGCGCUCCUUCGUGGAGGACAGCGCCCGCCUCUGUCAGCCGGAGAAGGUUCACAUCUGUGACGGCAGCGAGCGUGAGCUGCGCCACCUGCUGAACACAAUGCAGCAGGCAGGUAUGAUCGAGUCGCUUCCCAAGUACAAGAACUGCUGGCUGGCACGCACCGACCCCGGCGACGUGGCCCGCGUGGAGAGCAAGACCUUCAUCGUGACCCGCGAGAAGCGAGAGACCAUCCCAAUCCCCAAGGAGGGCGUGCGCGGCCUGCUGGGCAACUGGAUGUCCCCCGAGGACCUGCGCCGCGCCGUGCAGGACCGCUUCCCGGGCUGCAUGGCCGGCCGCACCAUGUACGUGGUGCCCUACUCCAUGGGCCCCGUGGGCUCCCCGCUCUCCAAGAUCGGCGUGCAGGUCACCGACUCGCCCUACGUGGUAGCCUCCAUGCGCACCAUGACCCGCAUGGGCAGCCGCGUGCUGGAGAUGCUGGGCGAGGAGGAGUUCGUUCGCUGCCUCCACUCAGUGGGCUGCCCGCUGCCGCUGACCCGCCCGCUGGUCAACAACUGGCCCUGCGACCCCGCCCGCACCAUCGUGACGCACGUGCCCGACUCCAACGAGAUCAUCUCCUUCGGCUCCGGCUACGGCGGCAACUCCCUGCUGGGCAAGAAGUGCUUCGCCCUGCGCCUGGGCUCCGUGCUGGCGCGCCGCGAGGGCUGGCUGGCCGAGCACAUGCUCAUUCUGGGCAUCACCAACCCGGCAGGCGAGAAGCGCUAUAUCGCUGCCGCCUUCCCCUCCGCCUGCGGCAAGACCAACCUGGCCAUGAUGACGCCAUCGCUGCCGGGGUACAAGGUCGAGUGCGUCGGCGACGACAUCGCCUGGAUGAAGUUCGACUCCGAGGGCGUCCUGCGCGCCAUCAACCCCGAGAACGGCUUCUUCGGCGUGGCCCCUGGCACGUCCAAGAGCACCAACCCGGUGGCCAUGAAGACCGUGCUGUCCAACACCAUCUUCACCAAUGUGGCCAAGACCAGCGACGGCGGCGUCUUCUGGGAGGGCCUCGAGAAGGAGACGCCGAACGACGUGUCUAUCACCUCGUGGCGCGGCGAGACCAACUGGAGUCCCCAGAGCGGCGUGCCCGCCGCUCACCCCAACUCCCGCUUCUGUACGCCCGCCGGCCAGUGCCCCAUCAUCGACCCCGCCUGGGAGGACCCCGAGGGCGUGCCCAUCUCCGCCAUCCUCUUCGGCGGCCGCCGGCCCCAGGGCGUGCCCCUGGUAUACGAGGCCUACGACUGGGAGCACGGCGUCAUGGUGGGAGCCGCCAUGCGCUCCGAGGCCACAGCGGCCGCGGAACACAAGGCCAAGGUCAUCAUGCACGACCCCUUCGCCAUGCGGCCCUUCUUCGGCUACAACUUCGGCCACUACCUGAAGCACUGGCUCAGCAUGGAGGGCCGCACCACCAAGCAGAUGCCCAAGAUCUUCCACGUCAACUGGUUCCGCAAGAACGAGAAGGGCCGCUUCAUCUGGCCCGGCUUCGGCGAGAACGUGCGCGUCCUCGACUGGAUCCUGCGGCGCGUGGAGGGCCAGGACGUGGCCGAGGAGAGCGCCAUCGGCCUGCUGCCCAGCCCCGGCGCCCUCGACCUCUCUGGCCUCGAAGACCAGCACAUCGACACCGAGGAGCUCUUCAGGCUGCCCAAGGACUUCUGGAGCCAAGAGGUCCGCCAGAUCGCCAAAUACUUCGACGAGCAAGUGGGCGACGACCUGCCCAACGAGGUGCGCGAGCAGCUCAAGAAGCUUGAGAAGAGGGUAGAGAAGAUGUAAGCGGCGUACCGUCCACCCUGAACCGAGGAAUCAAUGUCAACACGAGCUCACCCUGUCCCUCCUCAUCCGUAGCCUGGUCCGGCAGCGCCCCCUUCCCCUGGCCGGGGACGCGGCUCAAGUCUCAUCCUCGCGGUCUCACUCAUCAAUGCAAGUUCUUCGCCUCAGCUGGGCUGGGCGUUACCGGCGCGGGUUUUACUGCGUCUAUGAUUUACCUAUGUGAUAGUAUUCUCCCUUAAGAAAACUAUAAAAUAAAAUAUUUUUCUACAUGUU